AUGAUCAACCUUGUCGCGACCACCCCGAUAAAUAUAGAGACAUUACACCAUGAGCUUAGAUUUCAUCCUGAUAAGCAGUUUGUGUCAGAAUUGGUCAAUGGUUUGCGUACAGGUUUUAAUACCGGCUUCUUACACAUACCCGAGGUGCCUUUCCAGUGUCGAAAUUUGAGAUCAGCCCUACGGGAAUCAGAAACUGUUACUAGUCUAAUCCAGAAAGAAGUCGACAAAGGUUUUUUAUUAGGACCGUUCAAGUCAGUACCUUUCAAACACAGUAGGAUUAACCCUAUCGGUAUAGCAGAACACAAGUAUUCGAAAAAGAAAUGCUUGAUUGUAGAUAUGUCUGCUCCACAUGAUGACCCUGAGAAUCCCAGUCUAAACAGCCUUAUUGAUAAGGACACUUACUCUUUGAAAUAUGUGAAAAUUGAUGAUGCCAUAAGUUUAAUUAAAAAACUCGGGAAAGACACCUGGCUUAUUAAAACAGACAUAUCGGACGCGUUUAAGCUAUUGCCAAUUAAACCAUCGCUGUGGCCCCUGCAUGGUAUAUCGUGGGAAGGAGACUUUUAUUUCUUUGUGAGACUUGUUUUCGGUAGUAGGUCUAGUCCGAAGAUAUUUGAUAAUCUUUCAGAGGCAAUUUGCUGGAUAGCGCGACACAUGUAUAGGAUUAAGCAUGUAUUACAUUUAUUAGAUGAUUUCAUAGUUCUGGAACCAAAACUUGCUGAUGCUCAGGAUACUAUGACAAAGUUCCUAAGGAUUUUCCACAAUUUGGGUGUUCCAAUAGCUCUUCACAAAACGGCCGGACCAUGUACCUGUCUUGAAUACUUGGGUGUAUGUUUAGAUUCAGAAAAAAUGGAAGCUCGAUUACCUGUGGAAAAAAUUGACAGAAUCCGUGAGAUUUUAAAUUCUUUCUCGCAACGUAAAACCUGUACUAAACGGGAGCUUUUGAGUCUUCUGGGACAUAUGAACUUUGCCAGCAGAGUCAUUAGACCAGGUCGUUCCUUCGUAUCACACCUUAUCAAGUUGUCUACAUCUGUUUCAAAAUUACAUCAUCAUGUUACUUUAACAUCAGCCGUGCGUUCAGACUUAGUUAUGUGGUCAAACUUUUUGUCUUCUUGGAACGGUGUAUCUUUCUUCAUGGACGACAACAUCACACUAGCAGCAGACAUAUAUAUUUUCACAGAUUCUACUUGUACCUCCUUUGGCGGAAUUCACGGUGCAAGUUGGUUUCAGGGCUAUUUUCCUGCAGUGUUACUUCAAGAAAAGCAGUCUAUGGCACUGCUUGAACUGUACCCGAUUGUGAUGGCGUGUGUGUUAUGGGGUCAUUUGUGGUCGCGUAAACGAAUACUUUUUUAUUGUGACAAUAUGGCAACAGUGGAGAUUAUUAGUAAAGGCAGGUCAAAAAUUCCAAGUAUUAUGAAGUUAAUGAGACGCUUGACCUUCCACACCGCUAAACACAAUUUUAUUAUUCAUGCGCAACACAUUAUGGGAACAAAAAACUUGAUUGCUGAUGCUCUUUCUCGUUGGCAGAUGAAGAAAUUCAGAGAGCUAGCACCCUUCGCAGACAAACAAGCCACGCCGUGUCGUCCAGUACAAGAACUUCUGAUGGAAUGA